AUGCGUGUAAAAGGAGUACACAGUGAAUUGACCGCUGAUAAAACCUUACCAACAGAUAUAAUUCUAAAGAAUCAAGACGAUGGACCACGUUACCAGUAUGCGGAUGAUUCAAAUGGUGCAAUUCAUCUAGUUGACUUGUGGCUAUCUCUCGGAGAUAUUUUGAAUGUAGCCAGAUACAAUCCUGAUUCAUCUAACGUUUACCAUUUAUUCACGAGAGCUAACCCAUCUGUAAGUCAACCUUUGGUUAACAAUAAUGCAGGGCUACUCACAAGAUCUAACUACAAUCGCAAUAGAAGAACAAUAGUUCUUAUCCAUGGAUGGUUGAAUUCAGCGACAUCCGAUUUCAACACUGUACUAGUACCCGCUUUGUUGAGAGCUGAAGAUCUAAACGUUAUAGUCGUCGAUUGGAGCAGAGGAGCUAAUGCUAUGAGGUACAGAGAAGCAAAUGAAAACACCGUGUCCUCUGGGGGAGCCGUUGCUCGGUUUAUUACCUGGUUGAAUCAACAAUCUGGUUCUACUCUCGCUCAGUAUCAUAUAAUAGGCCACGGACUUGGUGGACAUCAGGCUGGUGUUGUUGGAAGAAAUCUUCAAAGGCAAGUGCCUUAUAUCACAGGUCUCGAUCCAGCUCUUCUUGGUUGGGCAACCAACUUCAACAAGUUUCAUCGAACAGACGGUCAGUACACAGAAGUCAUCCACACCAACUAUGGCAUGUACGGCUAUAUUGCAGAUCUGGGACACAUGGACUUUUACCCUAACGGAGGUAUAUCAAUGCCGGGCUGUGAUUCUAAUGCUUGUGACCACGCUAGAGCCUUCUUCUAUAUGGCAGAAUCGAUAACAUCUGGAGGUUUUACUGGAAGGCAGUGUUUAAACUAUUAUGCUGCUGUUUUGAUGAUGUGCUCUGGACCGAGGACUUCAAGAAUGGGCGGAUUAAUCCCUAAAAGAGGGUCAACUGGUGUGUUCUUGCUGGAGACUAAUGCCAAUCCGCCAUUUUCACAGGGCUAG